AUGGUUGAAGAAAAGUUAAAAAUGGUAAACUUUAAACUUUUGUAUGCACUACUGAUUGCUACUAUUUUGAUUUCAGUUUUCACAUGCUUUAUUUCUUAUAUAAUUGGAGUUAAAGUAGGAAACAUAAUUCCAUCGUCCGUUGCAUUUAUUAGUGAUACCGGCGACGAAAAACCUAACUCGAGUAUUUUUACAUUUGGGUUGUCGCUUAGUUGCAUGCUGACUUUUAUUAUAAUUGUUAUUAGAUAUUACCAAGUAAAGUUAUUCAUAGAAAAAGAUAAAAGUUGUAAUUGGAUCAAUCAAUUUUCUUUGAUUUGUGGUUUAACACUGGUUUUUGGUAAAUUAACGGUGGCUGCAUUUCAAAUAUCAAACAUAAAAGCUAUUCAUUAUUUCGGUGCUGCAAUGUAUUUUGGUGGUACAACCUUAUUUUGUGCAACACAGAGUUAUUUUACUUAUAGAAAAUUUAAAAAUAAAUACCAAUUAAUUUUCCUAGUUCAAAUUACAUCGACUGCUGUCAUGAUAAUUUCGUUAAUAAUAUUUGGUAUUUUUAUGACGCCUUCCUUAAGCAAAUAUAAUCGCAAAGGUGGAAACGUUGCACAGUCUUUUGAAUGGCUUCUUGUUUCAUGCCAGUUUACGUUUUUAUUAACCUUUUUGUAUGACUUUCGAAGUUUUGAAAUUGAGCUAAAAUUCAGAGAAAUUAAAGUUGUUGACAAAAUCGUUAUAGAGAGUGAGGAAUUGAUUGCCUCUACACCUGACACUAAGAGAACGUAA